AUGGAGUCCACCGCGGAAGAGCCAAUGCAGGCGGAAGCAAGUGGAGAUGUUUCCGGUGAUUUAAAUGCACCAAGAAGUAUGAGUGACGCGAUGAACGAAGGAGCAACAUCAGCUGACAGCAACAAUGUACACAAUCACGAUGCCGUCGAAAUGACGUUGAAAAUGGAUGACAGUGACAUGUCCAUCAACGAGAAGAAGGAGCAACAAACAAAUGAACACUUGCAGAGUUUAUGCGUCGAGAAAGACCUGUACAUAACCCAACUGCAAAAGCAAUUGGAAGAUGCAAAACAAUCAAACACCAAAUUGAGUCAACAAGCAGAAAGAGCAAGUUUUUUAGAAAAGAAAUUAAAACAACAGCAGCUAGAAUCGAGUCGAAAAGAGAAUAUUCUCAUCAUGAGGUUGACACUCAAAGAACAAGAGCUUCAAGACUGUCUAGCACAAAUUGAAGCACUGAAGCAGCUCAGAUUGCCUACAAAUACUCAAUUAGAGUCAUAUUUGCUAGAUCCAACUUUAAAUUACAUGUUUGAGCAAAUGAAAAAGGAGGUUGAAUCGGCAAAAUCACGAGCAGAGGAGAUGCAAAGUGAACUUAAUGCGUGGAAGUUUACAACUGAUAGUGUCACCGGUAAGCGCCUGAUGUCCAAAUGUCGCCAACUUCAUCAGGAGAAUGAAGAGUUGGGCAAAAUGAUUUCAUCUGGCAAGAUUGCCAAACUCGAAGGUGGGCUGGCAAUGAGUAAAAAGUACUCGGAAGAGCUUAAAAAGAGCCAAUCAGAAAUAGAAGAAGUGCUCAUGGAAAUGGAAGAAGACAUGGAGGGCCUCCAAAACACCGUCUACUUCUUACAACAGCAGCUAAAGGAGCAAAAGGAGAAAAACACUGAACUCGAGGAAAGCCUGGUCAAGUACAGAGCUGAACUAGGUGAACAGCAGCUGCAGCCGGCGCCGGAUACAGCUUGCUCACAGACUGAAACGAUAGAAUCAACGGAAUUGAACGGAGUUGAGCAAAAUCAAAUCUCUCCCGUGAUCAGUCAGUAG